AUGAUUCAUAUUACGCGCCAUGUCAAAGCAAUAGCAACAACAGUAGCAGCAGCAGCAGCAGCAGCAGUAGCAGUAAGAGCGGUAAGAGCAGACGACGCGAGAGUAGUUUGCAAGAUGGCGGACGACGACAACAGCUCGACGUCCGACGAUAGUCUUGAUUUUAAUAGCGACAAAUUCGAUCCGAUUAAAGCUUUGUAUUCGAGUAAAAUACGUUUACCUUCUGCGUACGCGCCUAUUUACGACAAUGUGUGCAUGUUCGAAAGUCGUAUGAAGAAUCCUACGCGUGCUAAAAAAAAAUCUCAAACAGGAAGCGAUGUUGUCAAGGCAAAGGAAUACUCGAAGCAACGGUUUAUCUCAAAUCAAGGCCAAGAAGAUCCAGAAAGAUCAAAGACGAUAGGACGUGGUAAGAAAUUCAAAGAGGGAUCUAAUGUUCUAACGAAAAUGCCGAAGAUCCUUGGACCGUUAGGAAUGCUCUAUGAAUGCAUGGAAAGUAGGAUACGUAUCAAGGUUUACACUAGAAACGCACGUGGCGUGCGAGGACACGUGGAAGCGUACGUGGCUGCCUUUGAUAAACACUGGAAUCUUGCACUGGAAGAUUGCUUCGAGGUUUGGACACGUAAACGCAAAAGGAAAGCACCUGCUGCACUCGAUACUAAGGAGAAGGAAAAGACGACGAGGAUGAUGACUAUGACGAUGAUGAUGAGGGAAAAAGAACAAGAAGAAGAAGAAGAAGAAGAAAAAGAAGACGAGCUAAAAGAGGAAGAAAAGAAAAAGAAGGAGGAGAGGGAGAAGAGGAGGACUACUACCUUCGUUCCUAAGGUAGUCUUGAAGAAGAUCGAAGGAAAGACAGAGACCUUGGAGAGGCACGUGCCACAAAUGUUAUUGAGGGGAGAACAGGUCGCCAUAAUUGUCAAAAUCAAUUGAGUUAGUACACGUAGGUACUACCUACGCUACGUACUACGCAUUUUCUUUCAUCUUUGUUAUAUAUCUGUCUACGUUAUUUUAUAACUUUUUAUACCGAUAUUUAUGACGAAUGAAAUCGAAGAUUAAAAAAAAAAAAAAAAAAGAAAGAAAAA